ACCAACACUUCCGAAUACGAGGAGAUUAGGAUUUAUUUUCCACAGUCUGGAUGGCAGAAUUGGUACAUUGCUCGAGUACCUCUUUGUCGGCGUACUCCCCAUAUGAGUGAAUACCUGCUCGCACACAGCAACAGCGCAAUUUUGCGUCACCAUUCGUCGUAUCUUAUCACAUUCGUUUCAUCUUCAAUUGGCUUUUGUCUUUCAUGAAUAUUGUACCGCGUUCGUUGAACGAUGUGAUGUCGAAAAUUUUGAAAUUAAUUUGGGAAUUCCGUGAACUAGCCUUGUCGGAGUAUUAUUAUUGAUUGCUUAAGUAGGACUCCCCAUUGGAAAUUUAAAUUUAACAUUCUAUAAGUGUUAUGCCAAUUGAACGUUGCUAAUGUAUAGACAUUUUUGUAAACGUGCGCAAGUGCAGAGAGUUCGGUGUGAAUAAUAAAUUAGACUAUCAAUUAUUUAUUACAGUGAAUGUAAUAAAGCAAAUUGCAAUAUCAGUGAAAGUAGAAAUCAAUUAAUAAUUCAAUUUUAUAAAUCUUACAUUGUAAAUCAUUUUACUCGAUUAGAAAUUGUAUUGUCAAACUACAACAUCAAACAAAAUAGAACAUCCAUGAAGUGCACAAGGACAAGAACCUGCGUCUGAGACGCGAAAUGUCAAAUCCUGCAGAACGUUUGAAUUACCUUCAGGACAGUAGUAGUGAUACAGAAACAGAUUAUAAGGAGACGGAUGAACGUGAAAGACGACAAGCAUACAAAAAUCAAUUAAGUUGUGGUGGCUCAACCAAACCAAAGUCAUGUUUGACACAUCGGAAUGGAAACAACAAACAUCAUAGUCGUUCAUACGAAACAAGCAGGCAAGAUACAAAUUUAGCAGAAAAUAACAGAAUUCGUUCAGGAAUGGGACUGACAAAGAAUCAGCAAACUCAAAAUCGUGAAAAUGUAGCAUCAGGGAUGAACUCCUCAUCUGGAACUACCCUACAUCAACAAAGUAGUGAUGAACGAAUUACCUUAAUUGUUGAUAAUAUUCGAUUCGUGGUUGACCCGGCACUGUUCACCGCUCACCCGAACACGAUGCUCGGCCGGAUGUUCAGCUCGGGCAUCGAGUUCGCCCAGGCGAACGAGCGGGGCGAGUACGAGGUCGCCGAGGGUAUCUCCGCCAUGGUCUUUCGGGCCAUCCUCGAGUACUACAAGGGCGGCGUCAUACGCUGUCCACUUACGGUUACGGUGGAGGAGCUGCGCGAAGCCUGCGACUACCUCCUUGUGCCCUUCGACGCGAGCACCGUCAAAUGCCAGAAUCUCAGAGGUCUGCUACACGAAUUAUCCAACGAAGGAGCUCGAUGUCAAUUUGAAGUAUUUUUGGAAGAUCUUAUACUACCUUUAAUGGUGAACAGCGCACAACGAGGUGACCGCGAGUGUCAUAUUGUCGUGCUUUUAGAUGACGAUGUAGUCGAUUGGGACGAAGAGUAUCCUCCUCAAAUGGGUGAGGAAUAUUCCCAAACCGUUAAUAGCACCGUAAUGUACCGUUUCUUCAAAUACAUUGAGAAUCGCGACGUAGCAAAACAAGUGAUGAAAGAACGCGGCCUCAAGAAGAUCCGACUAGGCGUGGAAGGAUAUCCUACAUACAAAGAGAAAGUGAAAAAACGGGCGGGUGGACGCGCCGAGGUUAUUUACAAUUACGUUCAACGGCCAUUCAUCCACAUGUCCUGGGAGAAGGAAGAAGCCAAGAGCCGCCACGUCGACUUUCAGUGCGUUAAAUCAAAGUCGGUAACGAAUCUCGCCGAGGCGACCGCCGAUCCCGUACUCGACUCCGCAGGCAAUCCCAUCAACGCCAUAGCAUUACUGCAAUCUUCCGAGCCUAUACAGCCGGACGUGACCCUAGCUGUGGGAGUCGACCAAGACAUGGAAGGUGCGGCAGCCUUGAGUUUGGCGGCAGCGGAACAAGAAUUCGCAGGUACCGACGAACCGCAGCAACAGCUUUGAGUAGCGCCUGAGUUGUUGGCGAAGCAAUCGAAGCGACAGCAGUCGAACGGUAGGACUGAACAGCGCCGUGGCGUCUUCAACAAUGGAACCCUCGUCAAGAAGAAACCUCCCUGCAAGAAAAAGACUAAAACCCUGCGUUAAACGGCCGCGAAUAUUAUACGAAAAUUUUUCAUGACUACAAACAUAAAUCGCUCGCUUUGUGCCCCCGUAUAUGU